AUAUGAUGUGAAAAAAUGAAAGAAAAUCGAAGAAGAGAAGAUAAAAAGCGAGAAAAAAGAAACGUGGAAAGAAAAAUUUAUCAACGGAAGGCACUUAAGUGUGGUCCAUGUCAACGAAUUACUCCAAUCUUCGAUCAAUUUUCCGUGAAAUAUUCGAAUGCAGUAUUUUUGAAAGUUGACGUUGACAAGUGUCCCAACACUGCAUUGGAUCAAGGUGUAACGGCAAUGCCUACAUUUAUUUUCUUUCGAAAUCGAAGUAAAUUGGGAAUUUGUCAAGGAGCUGACAAAAAUACUUUAGAAUCAAAAAUCCAACAAUUUUAUGGAAGUGGUGAUACUGAAGACACCGAGGGAUCCGUUGCUGGACAUAUGGACUUGAUCAGUUUUGUAGCAAAGACACAGUGUGAAUGCUUAAACGAAUCUGACGAUCAUCCUUUAGUUCAGUGUUUGUCGGCUGACGAGGGCUUCUUGGAGAGUGAUUGCGAUGAGCAACUCAUCAUUUCUUUUACUUUCCUGCAAGCUGUUAAAGUGCAUUCUAUAAAAAUUAAGGCUCCAGCGGAGAAAGGUCCCAAAACUCUAAAGCUGUUUAUUAAUCAACCUAGAACAAUUGACUUUGAUAUGGCGGACUCCAACACCAGUGCUCAAGAUAUUACAUUUACAACGAAAGAUGUAGAAGAAGGGAACCCAGUUCCUCUUCGUUACGUUAAAUUUCAAAACGUGCAGAAUCUCCAGAUUUUCGUAAAGGAUAAUCAAAGUGGUGCAGAAACAACUCAAAUCGAUCAUUUAGUCAUUAUUGGAACCCCAAUAUCGACAACAAACAUGGGCGAAUUUAAACGAGUUGCAGGAAAGAAAGGCGAGAGUCAUUAAAAGCAAAAGAAUGCCACACGAAUUUCUACUAGACCAUAAUAAUUCAACUUAUUUUUCCUUUUUAAUUCUGAAAUUCUGAAACUAAAGCAUAAAACUUGUUUGCAUGUUGGUACUGUUUUCGACAAUGGUCAAAUACAAAUGUUGCAUUUUUAUAUAUUAUUGAGAAAUAUAGAUUGAGUAAACAAAAAAAAAAUAUUCUAAACUUAUGUAAAAAAAAAUUGUGCCGAUUAUUCCGAUUGAAACAAAAAAAAGAGUGUAGUUUUGUAGAAAUGAUAUACACAAAAGAAGUGUAAAUUUAUUUGCAUAUAUAUACAAUUUUUAUCGUAAAAACCGGCUCAAUUUUUUCAAUUCAUCAAUCAAGAACAAUUUCUAUUAUUUUGUUUUCUGAGUUUGGAAAAUAUUUAAAAAUAUUCUUAAUAACAUUGAAUUUGUACCGAUAGUUUGGAAAUAAAUAUAGAAUAAUAUUUGUAAAA